AGUGGUAGCGCGGACGGAGCGCGUGUCUCUAAUCCAGAAGUCUUUUGGUAUGCACAGCAACGAUUGACUGCAGAUUCCAUUUAACGCUUUAACUAACUGACUAAUGGCUUGUUGCGUGAACAUAAUGCAACAACUACUGAGACGCCGGCGAGCGAGGUAGACAGACAGGAAGCUUUGGGGUAGACGAGGACACACCCGCAUACUGUACCUCUCUGCCCCUCCUCCUUGCCUGCCCCGUUAUGCACAAUACGCCGGUGCGCCGAGAGCUACAGCAGACAGUGGCAGCCGGGAUUUAAGGAAUCAGAUGUGUGUUUGUCCUUUUCAUCGCAGUCACACAGAUGCCGGAGUGCUAUCCACACUUCGAGAAGGCUGUCGUGACUUCUGGGAACCUGAGGAACCCUGGGGGUGAUUUAGAAGUUUAUCCUAGCAGUCGACCCACCCGGUAGCACGCUGUGGCCCUUAGAGCUCUACGGUGUCAAGCCACCCUUCCGUGAGGAUUCCUUGUAUUUUCCCACCCUGUGGUGCCCUGCCUCCGUGAAAAGUGCAGGCCUCACCCUCCUGCAUAAUGACUGUGGCCACGGGCGACCCCUCAGAUGAGGCGGCAGCACACCCUGGUCUUCCUCAGGACUAUGACCCCGGAACGGAGCAGGAGUGUUGUGAGCGAGUGGUCAUCAAUAUCUCGGGUCUGCGUUUCGAGACACAGCUCAAGACCCUUUCACAGUUCCCCGAAACAUUGCUCGGGGACCCCAAGAAGCGCAUGAGGUACUUUGACCCGCUAAGGAACGAGUAUUUUUUUGACAGAAACCGCCCCAGCUUUGACGCCAUCCUCUAUUACUAUCAGUCGGGCGGAAGGUUGCGCCGCCCUGUCAAUGUCACUUUGGACGUUUUUUCAGAGGAGAUCCGCUUUUAUGAGCUUGGUGAGGAAGCAAUUGAGAUGUUUCGGGAGGACGAGGGUUUUAUCAAGGAGGAGGAGAGGCCGUUGCCCGACAAUGAGUUUCAGAAGCAGGUCUGGUUGCUGUUCGAGUAUCCAGAAAGCUCUGGGCCAGCCAGGAUUAUAGCUAUCAUAUCCGUCAUGGUCAUCCUCAUCUCUAUCGUCAGCUUUUGCCUGGAAACCUUGCCCAUCUUCCGCAGCGAUGAGGAGGAUAUGCAUAAAGUCCCAGUUGCCGCCACUAACUCCACAACUACUUACACAUCCACCUACUUUACAGACCCUUUCUUCAUUCUAGAGACGCUAUGCAUCAUCUGGUUCUCCUUCGAGUUCUUGGUGCGCUUCUUUGCCUGUCCUAGUAAAGCCAGCUUCUUUGUGAACAUCAUGAACAUGAUUGAUGUGGUGGCAAUCAUUCCUUACUUCAUCACGCUGGGGACAGAGUUGGCCGAGACAGCAGAGGACGGGCAGCAAGGGCAACAAGCCAUGUCUCUGGCAAUUCUGAGGGUCAUCAGACUUGUACGAGUCUUCAGAAUCUUCAAACUCUCCCGGCACUCGAAAGGACUUCAGAUUCUUGGCCAGACCCUCAAAGCCAGCAUGAGAGAAUUAGGUCUACUCAUCUUCUUUCUCUUCAUUGGAGUCAUCCUCUUUUCCAGCGCUGUCUACUUCGCAGAAGCUGACGAGCCCGAGUCGCAGUUUUACAGCAUCCCGGACGCCUUCUGGUGGGCUGUGGUUUCAAUGACGACCGUUGGCUAUGGAGAUAUGGUGCCUACGACCAUUGGAGGAAAGAUUGUCGGAUCCCUCUGUGCCAUCGCUGGUGUCUUGACCAUUGCCCUUCCCGUGCCCGUCAUCGUGUCCAACUUCAACUACUUCUACCAUCGAGAAACUGAAGGCGAGGAGCAGGCGCAGUAUCUCCAAGUUAACGUCCCUAAAGCCGAUUCACAAGAAGAGCUGAAGGGAAGUCGAAGUGGAUCCACCAUCAGCAAGUCGGACUACAUGGAAAUCCAAGAGGGGGUCAACAACAGCAAUGAGGACUUUCAGGAAGAGAACCUGAAGACAGCCAAUUGCACUUUAGCUAAUACAAAUUAUGUUAAUAUAAAAAAAAUGCUGACAGAUGUCUAGUCACUCGAGGAGCAGGUACGGAUUAAAUAUUAUAAAAGGACUAUAGUAAGCCAUGUUCGAAGGAGGAUUGUGAGGUUGAACGCCUCAGUUAUUGUAAUGAGAUUUUCAAUCUCCAGUUCCUCAUUAAAAGUCCAAACCUACAUCCAGGUCCGUCCACAAUCAAAGUAUUCAUCAGUGUUUGCAUGGAGUCAUCUAUAUCAUCCUUAUUACACCUUAUCCAGAUCAGGAGCCAAGUAUUUAUAUGGAAUUGUGGAACACAAAUACACAGCACAUGAGUUUCAGUAUAUUUCCAUCAACAUCUUACUAUCAAAGCCAAGCUUCGCCAAAGAAACGUCACUUGUGUGCUUCAUCCGCUGUUAAAAGGUUUGCGGUCACAUGCAAUACAUGUAUUCGAUGCAAAGAAUCUUCACAGAAGUUUCGUCCACUCUCCUGCUGCUUGUUAAAGAACACCAGUAUUCACUUCGAUUCAAGACAGUUGUCUGUCUUUUUAGUGAUAUUGUAGUGAUCAGGCUGGGAAUGUCAUUGAAAACUGCCUGCUUUUGUGUUGAUAGCUAUGUGUGGACCCAAAAUACGUAUGUAUGGACAACACUCGUAUCUACUCCUUCACUAUUAUCCUGCUGCAAAGCUUUUGAAGACAAGAUGAAUGUCUCCACAUCUCAUAUUUUAUGUUAUUUAUAGUCACAGACGGUGUCUGCGUGCACCGUCCUUCAAUGGCUUUUCCUUUUAUCAUUUCACAUCAGUUUUUAUUUACAGCUCUUCAGGAUAAGGAACAUGCAUAACACGUUAAAUGAAAAAUCAGCAAAAUAACACCCUAGUGCCACAGGAAAAAAAAUGCUUGAUGUAUUUUGUGUAAGAGCAUACUGUUCAGUGUAUAUUCCCAUUGUUUCUGCUGCAAGCUGCAGAGAUAGUUCAAAAUGUAGUUGAUAUUCAAAUUACUUUGUCACUUAAUGAGCCAUAUUGUAGUUCACACUUAAAUGUCCCCUAGCAAAUUUGUAGCAAUGAUGUCAGAUUAUUUUUAAUCACUGGCUUGUCUAUCAUCCUGAAAUCAUUUUCAGAUGUUAGAAAAGCUUGUUAGACAUUUUGUCUUUUUUACUGCCUUUGAUUUAAAAAAAAACACCGGCAUUAUAGUGUUGCAUGGCCUCAAAACCAAUCCUAAUGGCAUGGAUUUUAAACUCAAGAGGAAGUGAUACAGAUAAACUAGUUAGCUAGAAUAUUAUAAAAAUAUGUAUCUUGCUCUGUAUAUAUACAUAUAUACAUCUAUUUUUAUUCGCAAAGUUUUAUUGUGAUCCAAAGGUGCUGUUUUCAGUUUUUCAGGAUUUGUUUAGCGAGUGAAAGUAUAAAAAGACACUCUGCAAUGCAUUUGGAUGGACAGUGCAGCAUUGGGGCAUUGAUUGCUGGGACUCUGAUUGCCUUAGCUUCAGGUGACCUUGAAAUCUAGACUUACUGGCUUACAUGCAUCUCUUAUGAUGAAGAGGCUGUAUAAUGCCAAACCACAAUGAAUCAACAGAAAGAAACUAUGGAAGUCAAAAUUGUCCACAAAUGCUUAGACUCCAUCCUUUCCUUAAUAGCAUAGCCAUUUUCAAGGCAGUAAAAAUCUCAUUGCUUUCAUUGUCUUUAAAUAUAAAAUCCUGAAACUGUUUAUGGAUGGAAUGAUGAUUAUUUGAUGUGACUUUGUACUAUUAGAAGGUUUCUCCCACAUCUAUUUCAAUAUCUCACCUGGGCUGCAGGUGCCUUUGUCUCUUUUAUAUUUUUUAAAGCAAACUUUAUGUGCUGAUGCUGCUAAUUUAGAAGCAGAUACUGCUUUCACAGCUGCUGCUAAUUAUGCUUUCUUUUUUAAAUUCAGAAUAUAGACAUAACUGUAACAAGCACAAUUCGGGUAGGUUUAACAGAGUGUAAAAGCCUGAAUGUUAAACCAAUCUAUUCAUACUGUCGCCCCACAGUGCAUAGCCAGUGCCUAAGAAAUGUACUAAACCUAUGUUUGGAUGCUUUAAAUCUGAAGUGCGUCUUUUUUGACUGUCAGUAAUCCAUUGUAGGUUACCUUCCCCCAAAAAUAUAAAAACAAAUCAUUGCUCUGAUAUAUACACAGCAAUACACAGAAAUGUUGGCUGAACCAAUGGUUUGAAUUCAUGGCAAAACUAUAUAUUUGUCUGAGGAGUGGCAGAUAAUAAUGAAAACAAUAAUUUUUGUAAUUCCACUAGUGGAACAGAUAUGACACACUUCACUUCUAAUGCAGGCAAACAACAGGUUUUCUAUGCAUGACAUUGGACAGUAUGCUGUUGGUGAAUCAUAUGUACCAUCCUAAUCCACAUACAUAAACAUUGUGACUGUAACUUUAUAUUUAAUGUGUGACCAUAACGUAUGUUAUGCUUUUUGGUGCUAGACCUGGCAGUGUUAAAUGUCAGGGCUAUAACAGUACCUCUUUGAAGCCUUCUUUUUUUCUUCAUUGGACAGGCACGUCUGUGAAAGUCACUGCUUUGCUUGCAGGUGCACCAGUUUCUUGUAUCACAUUUGAAUUGUGUGUUGAUUUUCUAAAUGUCAUUUGAAAUGCUAAAUGACAGCAUUGAAUGUCACAACAUCACAUUUGUUAGCAUAUUAUAACCAGUCCACUGCCAUGGUUUAGAAAGAUGUGCAACCUUUUUUUUUGUACUGAGAAAAGUUUUUUUGUUAAAAAGAAAAAAACACACGAAAAGGCCAAAUUCAAUCAAAACCAUAUAACCAUUAAGUCUCCUUCCAGUACAACUUUAUAGCAAUUAUGAAUUCAGUUUUUAACAGAUUUAGAGCAGUAAUAUUUUAAAUUAAACUAGAUUUAGAUUUGAUCAGAAAUGUUGGAUCAUAGAAAAUAGGUGUUGUAAACCAGAAAAGAUCCAAAAUCAGAUUAUGUUACAGAAAAGUAACAUAACUGAAAAAUAACAUGUUGACUUAAAAGAUAAAUGUACCCAUUGUGAGAUUCUGAUAUAGGUUUAAAAUGCAGUGAUGUUGCAAGAACUGUUGUACGAUGCUUUGAUUGCCUUUGGCCUUGACGAUAGGCUGCAGUGAUUGAGACAAGCUCUGUAUCUGCCCAUCCAUUGUUGAGCCUGCAAAGAAAGAAAGAAAGUCUCUUCUAUUGCUUAUUUAUGCAAUACAGUGUUAUAUAUGUGUGUGUUUGGGCAUGUGUGUAUAUCCAUAAAGCACUUCAGACCCUAUAGCCUGUGUUCAAGAGCCAGACAGAGGGAUGUCUAGACUAAUAUAAACACUUCAAUUGGCAGAGAGCUGAACUGAGUCUGUUUCAACCCAUUCUGGCUAUAAAGGACAAGCCCCAAGACACUGAACGUUUUACACUCUCGUUAGUGUGAUCCAGUCUGUAAUAUUCACUCUUCAAUGCAGCCAUGUUUUUUAGGAUGUACGCACUGAAAAACAGAAUGUUACUGGAUGUAAAAAAAAAAAAAAAAAAAAAGCACUUUACAAGCACCACCAGUGGACAAUCUAUGGACCGAGACAUACAUAUAUCCCUUCCAAAUGAUCAAUACUGCAAAUACAACAAAGAUGAUAUAUGAAACCUGAAA